GGGGAAAAUUUGCCUUCCUCAGCUGGUCGUUACUUUAUUUUUCUAAUAUUCUUAUCAUUUUAAAACUUUGAUCAGCUGCAGGGGGUGAAUUUGCGUCAAGGUUCUGUAAUAUGAACCAGUUUUCACAGAAAAAAGACCGCCCGUAGGUGGUGAAUAGCCACAUCCUUCACGAGGUGACCCCGUUCUCUGCAUUUUAUUUUACUCUACUUUUUGACUUAUAUUUUUAUUUUCCAAUGCAGAGGUUACUAAAUACGGCGGAUCGGUUAUAAAAUACUUAGUACUAUAUAAAGGCUUAAAAACAGACCUCUUAUCACAAAACUAUUAGCAUGAGCGAACUGACUUUUAAUGUAACACGAGCCUUGAAUGACUCUGUCAUUGAAUUUAAGGUUAGAGCCCCUGAAACACAGUUCAACGGAACCCCCGAAGAAGGGUUGGAGGUGCUCUUGGGGGGUGUUGACACGAUAAUAGAGCACUCCAUACAACGACGGAACUGUUUCAAGUUCCAUGUCACUUUGGACGGAGUAUUUCAGGUAUUUGAUUUGCUACUAACAAUCUGUUAAAAUAGUGAUAAGGAAACUUUCAAAUCAAAAAGAAGUGGUUUAACAAGAAAAAAUAUAGAUAAAUAGAAGUUGAUAUAUUUCAUUUACAGAAACAUAUAAACGGUGAAGAGCAGACAUUUGGUUUCAAGACACGAACAACUGUGUGCCUGAGAUCAUCAAAUAAGGAUGAGAUGAUCAAUGAAGUUCGAAAUAAACUCUUGAACUCAUACGAGUCUUUUCAAGGAAUGGGUUGCGGUUGGAUAUGGAGACGAUGGCCAAUGGUUACAGUGCUGGUCAUAAAGUACAACCCUGUAUCAGGAUGAUUGAUUGAGUGAUUGAUUAAAGAAUGUCGACUUACUUGCCAACUCCCAAACUGUUGAAAAAGAGAAGAUGUCUGUUGAACAUACGGAAUAAAGAUGACCAAUCAUUCCUUUAUUGUAUUGUGGCUGCUUUGAAAAGACCUGAUAGAAACCCAACACGACCUGGAUUCUAUAAGCGUUAUGUCAAGAAACUGAUCACGACAGGAAUCAACGCACCAAAACGGUUGGAGGACAUCCCCCUGUUUGAGAAACAAACCUGUAUAUCCGUCAAUGUUUUUGGUUACAGUGAGAGUGAGCCAAGAACACACAUUUUCCCUAUUUACACGACGAACUUCAAGUUUAAGAGGAUAGUACAUCUGAUCAGUUUGACAGAAAGAAAUAAAACACAUUAUGUUCUGAUCAAAUCCCUAUCAACAUUUUUGAGAUUGGUCACGAAAUACGAGAAAAGAAUGUUGACAUGUGAAAGAUGUUUUAGAAGGUUCACAUCCAAACUUUUUUUUGAAAAGCAUGCAACGUUCUGUGAGACAGGAGAACCCUCUGUCUUCAUGCCUGAAGACCCUGUAUUGAAAUUCAAAAACUUUCAAUACAAAUUUCCCUGUCCUGUGGUCAUGUAUGCCGAUUUUGAGGCCUAUCAGAUCAGCAUGAACGAGAGCACCGGUUCAAAAAGCUCAAACAUCGCUGAACAGAAACCAACAGGGUUCGCAUACAUGAUUGUGUCACCUCAUGAUGUUCUUUGUAGACCAUUGAAGUUAUAUAGAGGUGAAGACGCAGCCGCAAAGUUUGUAGACUGUUUGAUAAAUGAGUGUUACGACAUAGAGGAUAUACUCAACGAGGUGAAACCGAUGGAGUUCACAGACGAUAACAUGGUGCAAUUUCAAACAGCAACCAACUGCUCAAUCUGUAAACAAAGCUUAAUUUGGAGCGAUUUGAACAAUCCUGUUGUUCGCGAUCACUGUCAUAUUUCAGGUUCAUUUCGUGGUGCCGCUCAUUCUCAAUGUAAUUUGAAGGCUUGUCAACAAAAGAGGUUGUUUGUCUACUUUCACAAUGGGAAGGGUUACGACAAUCAUUUCAUUCUAACAGCUUUAGCUGAUGACAAGAGAACGGGUACCAUAGAGGUUAUUGCCAAUACUGCUGAGAAAUAUACCCAGAUUAAGACCCAAAGAUUCAUAGUCCAUGAUUCAAUGAGUCACCUCGUUGGCAGUCUAGAUAAUCUCUGCAAAAGCUUGCGACAGAGGGGCUUGGAUGGGUUUAAUCUAAUGCGAAACGAAUUCCCCCUCGAUGAUCAAUUUCGAUGUGUGUUGCAAAAGUUAAUCUACCCCUACGACUAUAUAGACGGGUUUGACAGAUUCGAGGAGCCAAUUCCCGGUAAACCAGCGUUUUUCAACAAACUCACCGAUGAAGAUUUGUCUGACGAAGAUUAUGACACACUCUUAAGAAUUUGCAAAAUCUUCAAUAUAACUACUUUAGGGGAACUUCACGAUUUGUACUUGAGAGUGGAUGUUUUGAUACUAGCAUGUGUCUUUGAGGACUACAGACGGUUGGGUCUUGAAAUGUUUGCUAUAGAUCCAGCGUAUUACAUAAGUUCACCAAGCUACUCGUUUGACGCUAUGUUGCAUCUAACGAAUGUUGAGUUAGAAUUGUUGACAGAUGUGAACAUGUAUGAAUUCUUUGAAAAAGGAAUGAGAGGAGGUUGCAGCACAGUUUUCAAACGUCUAGCCACAGCUAACAACAGAGGUCUACAAAGAUAUAACGAUCAAAUGCCUCAGUCAUCGAUUUUCUACACAGAUUGUAAUAACCUGUACGGGUAUUGCAUGCAAAUGAAGCUGCCCCACAAAGAUUUUAAAUGGUUGACUGAGCAAGAGAUAUCCUCUCUGGAUGUCACAAAGAUCGACGUUAAUGGUGAUACAGGGAUGAUUUUGGAGGUUGACUUAGAAUACCCUGACUCACUUCAUUCGAGUCACAGAGAUUAUCCCUUGGCUCCGGAGAGGUUAUCUAUAACAAAGGAUAUGCUGAGUGAGGAGACGAGGCAGUUUUUUGAUGAUUUCAACAUAUCAUAUUCAACCCAGACCAGACUCACGCAAACUGUCUUACCUAAAACGAAUUAUGUCACACAUGUCAAGAACUUGCUGUUUUACACACAGCAAGGACUUGUUCUCAAAAAGAUACAUCGAGCUGUGACAUUUUACCAAUCUUCUUGGAUGGCUGAAUAUAUAAAAACAAAUACUAUGAAGAGGAUUGAAGCCCAAAACAAGUUUGAGAAGGACUUCUUUAAACUUCUGAUAAACAGUGUCUUUGGCAAGACCUGUGAGAACGUUAGAAAAUAUCGAAAGUUUGACUUGGCAACAACUGAAAAGCAAGUCAAACGCCUCUCUCAAAGAGUUGAACUGAAGUCUGCUGUCGUUGUAUCCAAAAAUCUCGUCAUUUUUGAGUCAAACAACCUUGAGAUAACGUUAAACAAACCUCUUUAUGCAGGCAUGGUGAUUUUGGAACUUGCAAAACUCCACAUGUAUCAAUUUCAUUAUAAAGUUAUGCGACCUCUGUUUCCAGGGAAAAUUGAGUUGUGCUACAGUGACACGGACAGUUUUCUAUACCACAUACAAGAAGGCGAUUUGACUGAAAAAUUUUCGAGAAUAUCCUCAACUUUCAUGGACUUCUCAAACUACCCUGUGAAUCAUUGUCUCUAUUCCAUUCAGAAUAAACUCACCCCGGGCAGAUUCAAGGACGAAAUGGCAGGUUGCGAAACCCAUCAGUUUGCUGGGUGUAGAGCCAAAUGCUACUCUAUAGUUACAGAUGAAGAACAGAAAAUGGGAGCCGCGGGAGUGAAGAGAAAUAUGCAAAAGAGACUGAAGCAUGUCGAUUUUGUAGAAACAAUCGCACAUUCCACGUUUAAGAACAUUACUCAGAACACCCUAGUAUCAAAAAAUCAUAGAAUUUUUAUGAGACAAUCAGAGAGAAUAGCUCUAAGUUUUGUAGAUAUUAAGAGGGUUGUUUUAGGUAAUGGAAUUGACACAAUUCCAUACGGGUAUAAUGGAUAUGUUGAUUGACUUUUUAUUUGUUUGUAUCUUAUUUAUGUUUAGGUUAUACAAAAUAAAAGUCGCAUAUUAUUCGUUUAUAAAAUUAAAACGUAAAUGAUA